CGUCGGGCUGCAGAGAACAAAGAGAAAAGGUAUCGCUCUAAGCGACCUCUCGCCGUGAAGCGCUCGCUUCGGGGUCUCGAAUCGAAGCUGUUGGGCUGCAAGGGGGGGAUCAUCGCCCUUUGCUGCGGCGGCCAGUGAAGGAGGGAGCGGGAGCCUUGAGUCCUGAAGAAGUAAAAAUUCUCUAUUUUUAAUAACUUUCCUGAAGAAGUGUUUGCUUUAACAUCACUGAUACUGUCUGAAAGAGAAAGAUCAGAUCAGUUCAGGGUGAAGAUGUUCUGCUUCCCAAGCUGUACAUUGAAGUUGGUAAAAUGUUCAGGACCACUGCGAAGGUUACUGUCUGAAGCUCAUACCAACUUACCAGUGUUAACCUUGUUCACCAAGAAACCAUGUCCCUUGUGUGAUGAAGCCAAAGCAAUACUGGAACCAUACAAACAUAAGUUUAUUUUACAGGAAAUAGAUAUAACCCUUCCACAUCACUCUGUCUGGUUUGAAAAGUAUAAGUACGACAUACCUGUCUUUCAUUUGAAUGGCCAAUUUCUUAUGAAGCAUCAAGUGGACACUGAAAAACUAGAAGAUCAGCUCUUGAAACUAGAGAUGCAGGAUGAUGGCGGCAGGUGAAUUAAAAGGAAGCUACUCAGUGGUGGACUGGGAAAGAAUGUCUAGAGAUAGCAUGGUUUUAUAUUCUGCCUUACAAAUAAAGCCAUAUUUACUGUGUGAACUUUUCGAAAUACAAUUCCCAUCAAACCUCGGAUUCCACAGUGUCUUCUGCUCACCUUCCUGUCUUAUUUCCAAGGACAGCAUUUCUUACCUGGCAGUAAGUCCCAUUUAAUUCAGUGGGGUUUACUUCAAAAUAGGCAGGCACUGGAUACCAUUGUUGAUCAUUUGUUAAUACACAAAAAGGGCUGUUUCUCACUGGCCGAUGUGCCUUCAUAUUAACAUGCUCUUCACUGAUGUUAGAGAAAAGGGAUAAUAGCUAUGUGCUCAUAGGUGCUUAAUAAUGGUCUUUUUCAUACCCCAAAUGUAGACAAAUCGCAGAUUGGGGUGAAUAGUUCGAGCAUGUUUACGGGCCAGUUUUGCCUCCCACCUAAUCCCAUGAUGCAUUCAGCUACACUGUACCAUGGACAUUCAGCAUCCAGUAGCAAACUGAAGUGGGUUUCUUCCCAUUUCUGGUUGUGAAGAAACAUUUCAACAACUAUUUGAGGCAUGGAGGAAGAUGUAUGAUUCCUGGAGGCUUUUGGUAGUGUGAUUUUCCUCUAAAACAAGACAAGUUCUCUCUACAAAUUGUUAAAUAAGGGAAGGAUUGGUAUCCCAUAAUCAUGUGGCAGGUGUUGCAAAAACAGCUGGGGGGCACAUAUGGCCUGCAGAGAGCUAGCAAAAAUAAUUUGUUCCUCAUUAGUGUUUGCAAGCUACCUGUUGAUUUUACUUGUUACAAUCUUUAAAAAGUAGCUUGUUGUGUUACUUGUCAUACUUGUCUUUACUUUUUUAUUACUUUCCAUGGUUUCAA